GGCGGCGGCCGCGGGGAGGAUGGGGGCUAACCAGUUAGUGGUGCUCAACGUGUACGACAUGUACUGGAUGAAUGAAUACACCUCAUCUAUUGGAAUUGGAGUUUUUCAUUCAGGAAUUGAAGUAUAUGGCAGAGAAUUUGCUUAUGGUGGCCAUCCUUACCCCUUUUCUGGAAUAUUUGAAAUUUCCCCAGGAAAUGCUUCUGAACUAGGAGAAACAUUUAAAUUUAAAGAAGCUGUUGUUUUAGGGAGCACUGACUUCCUAGAAGAUGAUAUAGAAAAAAUUGUAGAAGAACUGGGAAAAGAAUACAAAGGCAAUGCCUAUCAUUUGAUGCAUAAAAACUGCAAUCACUUUUCUUCAGCUUUAUCAGAGAUUCUAUGUGGGAAAGAGAUUCCUCGCUGGAUCAAUCGACUUGCCUACUUCAGCUCCUGCAUCCCCUUUCUACAGAGUUGCCUCCCAAAGGAGUGGCUCACUCCUGCAGCCCUGCAGUCUAGUGUCAGCCAGGAGCUCCAGGAGGAGCUAGAGGAAGCAGAGGACGCUGCUGCAUCAGCUUCCAUGGCCAGCACUGCAGCAGGCUCCAGACCCAGCCGUCACACUAAGCUAUAAAUGUCUCCAAAGUCACACAUUCAGAACUGUCUCUGGCAGUUGAAUAUCACUAGAGAAAAGUAAACAGUAAGCGUCCUUUGGACAUUUUGUAUGCAACAAUGGCUCUCCCCCAAAUCCCAGUUUUACAGCUCAGGAUUAUAUUUGUAAUCAAAAAAAAAAAAAAGUCACUUGGCACAGGAGGGAGAACUUUGUAUGAAUCUGCCCUCUGUUUUUCGUUCGUUUUUUUUUUUUUUUAAACCCACCUGUAAAUCUGGAUUUACUUCUGUUUUAUACAAGCUCUGUUAAGUUAUGUUUACAGUAUUUUGUAUCGCUGUUUACAAAUCUUGCAUGGACUCCUGCCACCUUGAAAGAAGAAACUCUUCAUGUCUUCAAACUUAGGCAGGUAAUCUUUGUACACUUCUGACAAUUGCCAGAGCUAGGGCAUAAAUAAUAGGCACACAAAAAGUUACAAUCACCAUCACCUGCUUAAGAAUUAUCUUUCAGAUUUCUGUUUUUUCGCUGAUGUUGGCACCAGGAUGCAGAGACCCAAACUGGUUUGAGGUAAAGGAGCACACACAGCCCUGAGGGCUGGAGACCCUGGGUCUCCUUCCUCAUCACACUCCCUCCCACUUAAUAGCACAUCUCCCAGGGUGCCCCGAGAAUGGUUGAUUUCAUCCCAAGUAUCCGUCCAACUAAGCAGGAUGGCACAUUCUGUGUCUUUCUGGCUUUGAUGCCUCUGAUUCUCUAGUUAGAAUGUUUUUUCAUUGAUACAUUCUUAUUAGUAACUGACAGUGUUUUUGCACAUGUAUUGGGAGAGGGGCUUUGUUUAUAUUUUACUACAUACUGAUUUUCCCCCUGCAUAGGAUUUUAUUGACGGGGUAUGAAUAGCCUGAGUGUAACCUUCUGAGUCGCAGUAUGAGUUGACAUUCAGCUGCUUUUAACUAUUCAGGCUACCUUUUAUACUAGACCUUAAAAACUAGAGUCUAAAGUAACAUACCCCAAAAGGUAAUUAUUUGAUUUUUUCAUACUUUUUAUGUACCAUAUCAAAAAGAAGUAUGUCACUGUUUGUUUGUUAUGGGAGUAGUUUCACCUCAUACUAGGAUGUCUAGUUUCAUUGACCUCUCAUUGAAAAAUCAUAUUUGUAUGUCUUAAAAUUCAUAUUUUUAUGUUCUCCCAGUGCAUGUCUAUUACAUAACAUACUCUAGGAAUCAAAUUGUCACCACAGAUAAAUCCUCAUUAGUAAAUCUGUCUGUUCAGGUCUACUCCCAGUUUGACCCUUAGAUGUAAGAACCAAGUUAUUACAUGUCAAAUUCAAUUUUUCUGCCUUAAGAAUGAAUGUCCUACAUAAAAUAUUGGAUGCAGUGUAUAAAUUUUCCAAGGCAGUGACUUCAGCUUUAUAUACAUUGUUAGUGUUACCAUAAUUUACAUUUAAACUUUUAGAUCGGAUUGUUUGCUGUUGCUGUGUGUGAAGACCAGUAUCUUUCAGUAAACUACAUUUUUAACUUUUCCAUAAGCUGAUUUUGACUCAUUUUAUCAACUUAAACACACCCUGUGCAUAGGGGAAAUAAACCUUGGGUUAUAAGCGAUAGCCUGAGGAAUGUUAAGCCACUUAACCUAAUUUAUGCUUUUGACUGUUCUGUUUCCUGAGAGGAAAGCCUUUACAAAUCACUCUCAGUUCUUUAGGGGGCAGAGCACUUGUUUUAAGAGGCAUGAAAAAAAGAAGAAAGAAAAUAGGACCUUUAUGGACUGUUGGCUUGGUUCAGGGCUAAAAGGAGAUUUGGAACAAAACACUAUGGCCCUAGCAGUGAGUUGUUUACUAAAAAAAAAAAGAAGAAGAAGAAGAUUCCCGUCACCAAAACCCAGGUUAGUAGAAAAUGUUUGAUGCAAGUUCCUUGGGAUUUUAAAAUAACAUAGAUUACAGUUUUCUCUAAUCCAUUGACCUGCACAUGGUUUAAACCUGGGCUGCUGAUACCAAGGAGUAACCAGUAGUUAGACACAUCUCGUGAAUACCCAAGAACAUCCUGUCUGCUCAUGCAGAAUCCAGCAACUCCACACACACAUGGUUUUACUGUUAUUUUGUUGGAUUUACUUUCAUCUGCAGCAUUUGGAGUUUAAAAUGUGUAAAGGGUCCUAGUAGAAAUCAGCAGUAGCCUAAGGCUAAUUAUAAUAACAGCAGAUAAAAUUCUGGACAUAAGAUUCCUUGCAAUCUAAUUAUGCCUAGGGUUGAAAAAUAAGCAAUUGUCUUAUUUUAGAAAACCUUAUUCAAGUCAGGUCCCUCUCUACAAUUCAAAAUUGAGACUGGAUUUAAUUAGCUAGCAUUUAACCAACUUUCCUUACCCUCAGAGGAAAAGAAUCAUUUUCUCAACCUGAUUUCUAUUAAGAAAAAUCCCGUACCAAAAAUGUGGUCAUUACAUUCAUGUGGUACAAUGGAGUCAGAUACUCUCUUUGU